CCGACCUGCAGGAGGCGGCGGCGGCGGCGGCGGCCGAGGCCGAGGGAAGAUGGCGGACGGUGUGGACCACAUAGACAUUUACGCGGAUGUGGGCGAAGAGUUCAACCAGGAAGCGGAAUAUGGUGGGCAUGAUCAGAUAGAUUUGUAUGAUGAUGUCAUCUCUCCAUCUGCAAAUAAUGGCGAUGCCCCAGAAGAUCGGGACUACAUGGAUACUCUUCCACCAACUGUUGGUGAUGACGUGGGUAAAGGAGCAGCACCAAAUGUUGUCUACACUUACACUGGAAAGAGAAUUGCAUUGUAUAUUGGAAAUCUAACAUGGUGGACAACAGAUGAGGACCUGACUGAGGCAGUUCAUUCUUUGGGAGUAAAUGAUAUUUUGGAGAUAAAAUUUUUUGAAAAUCGGGCAAAUGGACAAUCAAAGGGAUUUGCCCUUGUUGGUGUUGGAUCUGAAGCAUCUUCCAAAAAGUUAAUGGAUCUUUUGCCUAAAAGAGAACUUCAUGGUCAGAAUCCUGUUGUAACUCCAUGCAAUAAACAGUUCCUGAGUCAGUUUGAAAUGCAAUCCAGGAAAACUACACAAUCAGGACAGAUGUCUGGGGAAGGUAAAGCUGGUCCUCCAGGAGGCAGUUCACGGGCAGCAUUUCCACAAGGUGCUAGAGGACGGGGCCGCUUUCCAGGGGCUGUUCCUGGUGGGGACAGAUUUCCUGGGCCAGCAGGACCAGGAGGGCCACCUCCACCUUUCCCAGGAAAUUUGAUCAAGCAUCUUGUUAAAGGAACUCGGCCUUUGUUCCUGGAAACUAGGAUUCCAUGGCAUAUGGGGCACAGCAUAGAGGAAAUACCCAUUUUUGGCCUAAAAGCUGGACAAACUCCACCGCGUCCACCUUUAGGCCCACCUGGCCCACCUGGUCCACCAGGUCCUCCACCUCCUGGUCAGGUUUUGCCACCUCCUCUAGCAGGACCUCCUAAUCGAGGAGACCGCCCUCCACCACCAGUUCUUUUUCCUGGACAACCUUUUGGCCAGCCUCCGCUGGGUCCACUUCCUCCUGGGCCUCCACCUCCAGUUCCAGGCUACGGCCCCCCUCCAGGUCCACCGCCUCCACAGCAGGGACCACCUCCACCUCCAGGCCCCUUUCCACCUCGACCACCGGGUCCACUAGGGCCUCCCCUUACACUUGCUCCUCCUCCACAUCUUCCGGGACCACCUCCAGGUGCCCCACCACCAGCUCCACAUGUGAAUCCUGCUUUUUUUCCUCCACCAACUAAUAGUGGUAUGCCAACAUCAGAUAGUCGAGGUCCACCACCAACAGACCCAUAUGGCCGACCUCCCCCAUAUGAUAGGGGUGACUAUGGUCCCCCUGGGAGGGAAAUGGAUACUGCAAGAACACCUCUGAGUGAAGCUGAGUUUGAAGAAAUCAUGAAUAGAAAUCGGGCAAUCUCAAGCAGUGCUAUUUCAAGAGCUGUGUCUGAUGCUAGUGCUGGUGAUUAUGGGAGUGCUAUUGAAACAUUGGUAACAGCAAUUUCUUUAAUUAAACAAUCCAAAGUGUCUGCAGAUGAUCGUUGCAAAGUUCUUAUUAGCUCUUUGCAAGAUUGCCUUCAUGGAAUUGAGUCUAAAUCCUAUGGGUCUGGAUCAAGAAGACGUGAACGAUCAAGAGAGAGGGACCAUAGUAGAUCACGGGAAAAGAGUCGGCGUCAUAAAUCUCGGAGUAGAGAUCGCCAUGAUGAUUAUUACAGAGAGAGAAGCAGAGAGCGAGAGAGACACCGGGAUCGUGAUCGUGACCGUGACCGUGAGCGUGACCGAGAGCGAGAGUACCGUCAUCGUUAGAAGCUGAAGGAAGAGGAACACCUUCCAAGACAAAACAGUCUUCACGGGGGAAAAAUGACGCUUGUCCAGCAGUUUGCUUCUUGUGAUUGAACUGAACCUGUAAGGAUUCAUGGAUAAACUGAACAGGAAUAGAUCUGAAUAAAGCAAAUCUGCAUAAAUGGUAACCAGUAGCUCUACUUUUAUUUUUUAUGUUGCUUAAACUGUUUUAUUUGAAGGAAACCUGUGUGAUUUAAAAAGUUAAUAGCUUUUGCAACUUUAUUACUGGUUAUAUAUAUUUGGCCAUUAUAAUGUGCAAGCAAUUGGAAAAAGUCAAGUAAAUGCUUGUUUUUAUAGUAGUUUGUUCUUGUUAAAAUGUUCAUAUGAUAAUGUCUGUAAACAGCACCAAUUUGAUUACAAUAGAUGUAGUGUUGUAAUAAACUGUUUAAUGGGGCUGAUGUGUAAAGCUGUUCAAGUUAUUUGAUGUUUACACCUCAGGGAAAGUCUUGUGUUCAGCAAUAUCUAAAGAUAAUGUUACUAUGACAACAUUUUUACUGUCCUUUAAAAAAGCAUUGCAAUAGCGUGUUUGGAUAUGCAUCAAUCUAAUCUUGCGUUCAGUGAAUUAAACAUGACUAAUUAAGUGUCUAUUGCCCUUGAUUUUGAUAUUAGAAUAGGUGAUUACAUGGGUAUUUAAUAUUUCUAUAUUCUGCUUUUCUAGCUGUUUUUACCUAGUUAGCUUGUGAUUUUGCUGAAUGGUAUGUAAAAGUGUAAAAACUGAAAUUUGACAGAGCAAUCCACUCAAUGUGUUAGGGGUCAAAAAAUUUAAGGCUGUAACAUUUUUGGUAAAAUCUCAUGUAUUUGCUAUAGUAAUGCAGCUUAAUUACAACCCAGAUAUACUGAAACAAUACAUUGUGAACUGCUAGCAUUUAAGAUAGAUUUUGAUAAUUCUGAUUUCAUGCAGUAAUUUACUGUUUCAUGCUGAUGGUGCCAUAGGCAAUGUAACUAUGGCUAUACAGCAAGAUAAGUAAAGAAAGCCCUAGUAUUGUACUUGAUACAGAUUUCUGAAGGGUGUGAUGUUUAUUAUUAACAUUGGGUUGUAUUCUUCAGUGUGAAUAAUGAAAAUUUACAGUUACACUGUCUUCAUGGCUCAAGGAAUUCUGUGUAUAUUCCUGUAACCUUGUUGAUUUAUGCUUGAUUAGAGUUAAUCAGUUGAUUUUUUUUUUUAGAUAUAGCCUUAAUAAAAGGUUGAAUUAAAAGCACCUGAUUAGCAUGUGUUCUGCAAAAUUAGCAGAGACAGACUAUCAAUUUGAUUGCCUAUUUUUAUAGGAGGGUAAAAAUUUGAAUUACUAAAGAAAUUUUAGAUAAAGUCCUUAAGCUAAUUUGUGUUAAAUGUUUUAAAGAUCUUAUUACUUAUGAGAGAUCUUUGGAUAGUAUGCAUUGGCUUUUAAAAGUUUACCUAAAAUUAAGAGCAAUGCUUAAGGUAUGUACCAUAGGUUGAGAUAACGUGCAACUUGAGAGAUUUGUACUUUUUCUUCUUCAGUUUUAUCUUUUCUGCUUUUAAAAUACUCAAAAAUAUCCAUACCACUGCCAGUUCAUUUUAAAACAUUUUGUGAGCAGAGUAUUUUUGGAAGGGAUCAUUAGUGUUUACCAGAACUGUUGUUAGCUCUCAGAAAUGAUUUUUCUUAAGUGUUAAUCUUGUUGAAAUGCAAUUACCUUUAAUUUGGGAGUUGUAUCAAAAUCUGUUUUCUUGUUUUGUAUAUAGGUAUUGUAAGUUCUUGUCAUUUCUUAGCUUUUUUUAAUAGUUCAAUUACAAUACCCUAAUGUGAAGCUGUUUGGACAUACAUGUGUUUACAAGGGAGAUUAGUUAAUAGUGAGAUUAAAAGGUAAGUACAAUGUCCAUAGAUAGAAUUUCUCUGAGUAUUUUUAAAAUGGAAUCAAAAAAAAUACAUAUACUUGAAAUGAAACUGGAGAUUUUGUACUAAUUUUAAUCCUUUAUUACCUUUUAUUUUUUUCUUUUUUUAAAAAAUCAGUUGGAACAUUUCGUUGCUCUAUGUCACCCUUCUUGCUUGGCUUAUUUCAUUAAUAAGUGGCUUUGGAUGCAGAUAGUGCGAGUGUACUAGCCUUGUUUGCUGCUGCUAAUCCAUAUUUUAAGUGUUGUCAGGAAGAAAUAAAAAUUUUGGUUUGUCUAAU